AUGUGCGGUUCCGUCUCAUCACUUUUGGCGUUGCCGCUCCUAUGUCUCAUAUCGAUCCCCCUCAUCUUCUCGGCAUGGCUGACUCUCUCCAUCGCCUUAUUCACCCUUCUCUUGCGAGUGUCCGUGGUCUACCUUGAGGUAGGCUAUGCGCUGAUCGUCAACUUCUUUACACUUCCAGCCUCUGCCAACUCGUCUUCGUUUUUAACCUUUGCCCCCUCCGAAUCACCAACGCCAGCAGCUGGCAAUUCUCGAAGAAACUCGGCACAUGGAUUGACACAGCCUCACCGAACCAAUGAUGCUCUCUCAUCACUUGGGUUAAAUGGAUUCCAAGAUGACCAUUCUACGCGUAAGAGCAAGAAAAGCUACGCUCGCAGUAUGAUCAAAGCGCAUGAUCUACCUACUGCACCAUUGCCUGCGAAUUUCAUCGGUUUCCCCGUCAGCGGUGAUAAGAGGCGGGAUUUCGAAGGAGUGGGCGGUUGGCGCUCAUACCCGGAUGUUUCAUCUCGAGCCUCAAAGCCACGCAGCAUCCAUUCUGGACAAGAAAAGCCUCUGAGCUCGUCAUCCUCAUCAACACAUAGCCUCGCCGGCGAAAUCGGCGUGGGUGAGGAUAUCGAUGCUGAUGAGCGUGCCUGGCUAUCUCUAAACCAUCGCCUGGAACUACCCUCUCGAGUCGUGACAUUUGGACCAGGCUCCACGGCUCCUUCAAACGUGACAAGCCCUGUAUAUGGAGAUUCUGUGAAUGUCUCGUCCAAUGCCCUUACGCCUUUGUUUUCGGCUGGCUCCUACGAUGACCAUGUACAUUACCCAAGCGGGCGUAGGCACCAUCAUCGUUCUCAUACCACUUCUGCUCUUACAACGUCUGAUCUUCGUACGGGAAGCGGUCUUGCCUUGUCCUUAUCUACAAGACCGGAUCAAUCGAGUCGUCCUGUUUCGCCUUCAUCAAUGCGACGUGCUCCUUAUAUGACUCCACAAUCGUUUUCACCUUCACAAACACGACCGUCGAUGCGCUCGCUUCCGGCUAGUAGUGCACCACAUACCACAGGGCAUAUUUUGGCGGGCAGUAGUCAUGGUGCUGGGGGUUACUUUGCCUUGUCACGACCUGGUGGAAUGCCGGUGCCAAACUUUUCGACGGUCGUCAGUCCAAGCUCUAGUGGGCGUACCACGCCGGGUACGGAGGACUACAACUCGUCAUCGCAGUUGACUCGCUUUAUUGCGCAUUAUCCCACUAGCGUGAGACAUCGAAGACGGAGUAUCUCGGGUCCUCAUGCGAGACGGCUUUCUAUGGGCGACCGGCAGGCAUGA